GUUCCACAAUUUCCCCCCUCGCCUGCUCGCCACCAUUUCGCUUGAAGCCGAGCGAAUUCCCCUCGCCUCCACACCACACGCCGGCGAGGUCAGCGAGCGGAAGAGGCGCCCCGCGUCCAAUGGCUGGCGACGGCGAGGAGGAGAGGGAGGGGAAGAGGCGACGGGAGAUGAUCGAGGAGGAGAGGGAGGGGAAGAGGCGAAGGGGGAUGAUCAGAGAUGGUUCCCCUUCACCCUCGCCCGACGCGAACCCUGAGCAAGCAGCGGAAGCGGUUGAAGCGAAGGGAAAUCGAGGGGUCGCUAGUUCUUCAUCUCGGGCAGGUCUUCUUUUGCCCAAUUACGAGUUCGGAUGGCAUAUAUGCUUGUUCGUAGGCAGCAACCGCAAUGUUGACAUUAUGGCCUCAGUUCGCUCUCAAUACCGAAGAACAUGUUCUCUCUGUGCCAUUCUAAGUGCUACCGAGCAAGACAUCCUCAGAAACUUAGCUCUCGAAGAGCCCGACCGGCAGCCAGACAUCUAUUUUGAUUGUGACACAUAUCAAGUUCAGUAUGAGAUCGAUGUAGGUGCUGAAUAUGGUAGGGAAGCCUUCUCCAGCAUACAAGACAGGCCGGUACGGUUACUAAACAUCUUCCAAAGAGAUGGAGUGAGGGCAUACUCCAGGUCAAGAGAAUGGUCUGGUGGGAAGAUGAUUAAGAUCUCAAAUGUCAGGUGGUAUACAUAUCUGACAUUUCGUGACUUCGAGAAUAUUAUAGCCAAUGGCCGUCCAAUUGUUGGUGGUUUCCCGAUUGGUGAUGAGUUCGAGAAUCUAGGCCCGGAAGAAAUCUAUGAAUUCAGCCCAGUCCAUAUAGUAAGACAGCCAGCUGGUUUUCACAUGGUUUUAUUUGUUGGUAAAGUAUAUUUCGAUCAACUUAUCAGGUGUUUUUACACAUUAGAGUGCCGUGCUCCGCCACCACCUCUUCCCUCUGGCAGUUCAGACCUUGUGGUCGCUGGCCCUGGUGAUAAUGAUGAUACCCUGGGUUCAUCUGGUACUGCCUCUGAUGUCAACAACAUGCCGAGCUUCUCCAAUGCCCCUGAUGGCGAUAAUGCCCAGAGCUCUACUUCUCCCACUCAAAGUUUGUCCCAGGCUGGCAAAAGUAACAAAUACGACGAUGAUCCAGUCUCUUCUUCUUGUGCCAUUGAAACAGAGAGACAAGUCACUCGUGUUGAUGGUUGGGCUCCAACUGCACCAGCGGUACUGAAUGAGGAUGUCCAAACCGGCAGAUGUGCACUUGUUGUAAAGGCUGAAAGGAUGUUAAAAGAACUCAAAGGUGCUCUCCCUGUAUUUCUCUUUUGUGUUUUAACACAGAGGAGGAACUGUGAUAUUUAUGGGCCAUGGAGGAAGAAGAAACUUCAUGAGAUGGGUUUUGUUCCUAGUAAUAAGAUGAAUGGUCUGUAUUUUACCAAUGUUCUUCUCAAGAUCAGUGAUAAGCAUGUUAGGUCCAGAUGUUGGCCAAUGAUACCAAGGUACAUGGCAUCUAUCUCGACUCAGUUUCCGAAGGUAGAGAGGAUCAAUUCUGUUUUUAAGCAACUGGGUGAUGGAAGUGAUGAUGCUAUCAUAAACAGAAGGGAUGGAGUGAGCGGAUCUCAAUUUAGCCAAGUAUUGAGUGCCAAGCUUAAUCAAGUUAUAAAGGCUUACCAUAAUAUGGUUCAGCGGGAGCUUUCAACGAUCAUCAUUGAUCAAAGAAAUUACCACAUGGAAAUCUUACAAGCUGAUGCACCAGAUAAUGUUCCAUCUGAGACCACUGUUCACUCUUGUGCUGUUCAUCCAAGACAGUAUGCUCUCUGCAUAUGUGAUCCUACUGUACGAAUAUUUUCAUAAAUUCGUAAACCCCAAUUCCAAUAUGGUUUUGCGGGUCUCCAAGAACCAAAAGGGACGAAAGCACAAACAGAAAAUAUCAUCAUCUGGUCCAGCUAAUAGCUUUCAUACUACGAAUACUACUGGCCCCUUCC